AUGGGCCCCUGUACCGCCUCCUCAUGCUGCUGCCAGGCCCCUAAUCUGCCAUGGGCCCCUGUACCGCCUCCUCAUGCUGCUGCCAGGCCCCUAAUCUGCCAUGGGCCCCUGUACCGCCUCCUCAUGCUGCUGCCAGGUCCAGAGUCUCUCAUGGGUCCCUGUACGGCCUCCCAUUGCUGCUGUCUCCAUCGCCACACUCUGCCAUGUGCCACUUUCAGGUCUCCUCACACACUGCUGGUGUGUUCCAUUUUUUGUCAUAGGGUGCUGGCAGAUUACGGGCCUCCCAUAGCUGCUGCCAGGCCCCUAAUCUGCCAUGGGCCCCUGUACCGCCUCCUCAUGCUGCUGCCAGGUCCAGAGUCUCUCAUGGGUCCCUGUACGGCCUCCCAUUGCUGCUGUCUCCAUCGCCACACUCUGCCAUGUGCCACUUUCAGGUCUCCUCACACUGCUGGUGUGUUCCAUUUUUUGUCAUAGGGUGCUG